GUGUCCCUAGGCGGGGCGCCGCCGCCAGCUGGCGGCGGUUGGCCGUAGGCGGCGGCGAGGGCCGGGGCUCCGGGGUGAGCGCCCGGGGCGCACGGACUGCAGCAGUUGGCUACGACGUCUGCGCGAGCUCUCCAGGCUCGCCAGCUCCUGGUUGAGCACCCGCAGCUCAUGGACGCUCCGCAGCGCCCGCCGCGCCCCGCGCCGCCACCGCCUGCCCCGCGCCGCUCGCCGCCCGGGCUCCCACCGGGCUCCAACACAGGAGACGUCCUGCAGCAGAUCAUGGCCAUUACCGACCAGAGCCUGGACGAGGCGCAGGCCAGAAAGCAUGCUCUGAAUUGCCAUCGGAUGAAGCCUGCGCUCUACAGUGUGCUCUGCGAGAUCAAGGAAAAGACAGUGUCGAGCAUCCACGGCAUUCAGGAAGUGGGCCCCCCUGAUGCUCAGCUCCUGAGGCUGGAUAACAUGCUGCUGGCCGAGGGCAUGUCCAGGCCUGAGAAGCGAGGGAGGGGAGCAUCGGCAGCGGCCAACGCAGCAACGCCAGGAGGCCAUCCAAACGAGGGUGGCCUUGAGCACUCUGACUACAGGGCCAAGCUGUCCCAGAUCCGACAGCUGUACCACUCGGAGCUAGAGAAAUAUGAACAGGCCUGCCGUGAGUUCACCAUGCACGUCACCAACCUCCUCCAGGAGCAGAGCAGGAUCAGGCCCGUCUCGCCCGCGGAGAUAGAGCACAUGGUGGGGAUCAUCCACGGCAAGUUCCACAGCAUCCAGAUGCAGCUGAAGCAGAGCACCUGUGAGGCUGUGCUGGCCCUGCGCGCGAGGUUCCUCGACGCCAGGCGUAAGCGGCAGAAUUUCAGCAAGCAAGCCACAGAGGUGCUGAAUGAAUACUUUUAUUCCCAUCUGAGCAACCCAUACCCCAGCGAAGAAACCAAAGAGGAGCUGGCCAGGAGGGGUGGCAUCACGGUCUCCCAGGUCUCCAACUGGUUCGGCAACAAAAGAAUUCGGUAUAAAAAGAACAUGAGGAAGUUUCAAGAAGAGGCUACCAUCUACACAGCCAAGACAGCAGUGGACGCCACAGAAGUCAGGGGCCCAGGGCGCCAGGCCAGCCCCCCAUCGAUGUCCCACUCCAGCUCCUCUGGCCCGUUUCCGCUGACCGGCCCCGGGGACGCACUUAUCCGCCUGCAGACGCUGGCCUGCCUCCAGCCCACCCCCCGGGAAGGCGGCCUUCUGGCCCAGGUGAGUCUGUGGCCCAACCCCGAGGCCUGUGGGGUCCCCGACCCAGUGACGAGCAGGCCUGGAGCCCCCGUGGGUGUCUGGUCCUCGGGACUUUGGUCUCCGCAGGCUCUCGUGAAGGGCAUGACGACCAGCUGGGCCUGCCAGGCCGUCAUCACGGGGAUGGUGCAGGCAGGCGGAGCCCCUCCAGGGCACCUUGGGCACAGAGGGCCACUCACCAGAGACCUCAGUCCUCACAGGACUCAGUGGGCAUGGCAGGCUCUGCCUGUUGGGAAGGGGCCCUCCCUCCCCGAGGAGGCAGAGGGUGGGGUGGGAAAACGAGGCCCUGAUGGUCUGAAGGUGCAGCCCCCGAGCUCAGAGCCUUCAGCAUGCCUCACCGUCCCGGCCACCCCCUCCGCUGGCACCCAGCUGGGCCAGAGUGAAGGUCCAUUUUGGCGACUGGGAAGAGCAUGGGCCUCGGAUCCCGACUCUCAGGAUGUGCCCUCAGGAACUUUCUCAGAGUGCGGGACACCAUCCCUCUCGAGGGCCCUGGAGCCUCCUGGCCCCCCACUGACAGCCACCGCGGGGGCAGCUAGGGGGCCUGGCCCCACACUCAGUGCUGUCCUGCGGAGCUAUGCAGGUACAGGUGUAACACGGGCACGCAGCAGUGGGCAGGGUCUUACGCAGCCAGACUGUUUGCUUCAGAGACAAAUCUCCCUCCUCAGUGUACCCCUCUUAAAGAUGCAGGGAAUGGAUGUCCCCUGGUGCAGGGCAUGCCGUCACCAUGGCAACCCCACAGCCCACAGUGAGCACCUGGCAGAGCCAGCACUCUGUUGUCACCAGGUGGCCAGUUCAUCCUGCCCUGCACGUGCCCAAGGCCCAGGGCCGCGACCACAGUAGGAGCAAGCCUGUGAGAGUGACUCAGUGUGAGGGGUCCGUGGACCGGGGGCCGGGUCCUGUCGGCCCCACGGAGUAAGUGGGAAAGCGUGGGAUGUGGUGUGCACACCCAGCUGUGCCCCAGUCCCCUGGCGUGGGCAGGCACAGAUGCUCUUCCCGAGAGAAGGUCUCCAGGCUGAGCACCCCGCUCCCCUACCACCCCCCACCCCGCUGGGCGCCGACUCCUCAGCCCUGAGCUGCCCUUUGGCUCCCAGGCCCACACUGGGCCCCAGCCUGUCACCUCCCAGGCCUGCCCGGUGAGUCCUCCCCUCCUCACUCACGUCUUCCUGCUGAGGUCACAGGCCUGCGGAGCCCGCCCGAGGGCAGAGCGUGUCCCCCUGCGGCCAGCGUCCCCGCCCCAGGCGCUUUCAGACUGAGGCUGAGUGCAGCAGCGCUGGCCUCCCGAUUCUCUUGCCCAGCACUGUCCUCAGGCACGUGUGGGAGGUAACAGCUGUGGGGAGAGGGGGAAGGGAGCAGGGUCUUGGGCAUCGAGGGGCUGGAUGAAGGCAGGAAGGUUCAGCCUGUUCAGGAAAGUUUGAGAGUGAGAGGGGAGAAGGGGAGCUUGUACAUCAUUGCUCUCACGGGCUGCACACAGGACUCACCUUGGAGCAGACAGCCAUCAUCAACAGUGGUUUCCAUGAUGGUGUGGGGUCUGUGGACGAACACCCCACGGUCACGUGUGCCCAGUACAUCCCCCCCAGCCAGCGGCCAUGGGCCCUCCCAUGUCAGGCGGGUCCUGCUGGGUUCCUGAACCUCUUGCUGCUCAGCACAUCUCGCCAGGGUCUUUCAGGGCCCACUGUUAGCUCCGGGCCUGCCUGGGUCUCCCUCCCCCUCAGAGCACGUGCCACGGUGCCCCGUCCCUCCCCUGCCAGCGCCCCGCCAGCGGAAGCCAGACCCCGCCAAGGAAGCACAGCCAUGUGGAGGCCAGCUGCACCUCAGGGCAGAGCCCUGCGCCCCCUGGUCCCCUGGCUCCUCUCACAGUCCUCAGCACGUUCUAAGGGACGUGGAGGCUGGACGGGCCACCAGUCUUCACGCACACCCCCCACACUGAGUCCUGUCUGUCUUUUCAGCCCAGGAGCGGCUGGCAGGUGAAGCAAAUGCCAACCACUUCACCCGCUGGCAACCCCGGCAGUGUCCCCUCAGACGCAUCUAAUCAAGUGUUGGGGCGAGCAGAAAAGAGGACGCUGUGACCUGCCGCGGUUCCCUGGCCCUCGAGUUCCUUCAAAACCCCAGAGCUGACAGCAGAGGGCGCUCCCUAAGCCGCCGGCCAGACACACUGACUCCCCGCUUAUCAGCUGGGAUUUGAAACAGCUUGAGAUGCUGCUUGCUCUCCCAACUCUUGUUUUUAUAUUUAUACAUAUAUAUAUACAUACAUAUAGUAAUUUUAUGAUUAAGACUAGGAACUAUUUCUACAAGAAAUUCUGGCACCAAUUCUGCCAUUAAAAUUUUGAACUGAUUUUAAUUUUGCCACCGUUCACCCCAGAUUUGUUGCGGGCAGUGGCUGACGACGCCAAGUGCAGUUGCUCGAGUUGUGACCUUUUGCUCACUGGUCCGUCCCGGUGCCAACUCGCCCAGACACUGCCUCCCACCCUGACUUGUGUUAUGAAUAUGCAGUUUUGGUUUAAGUCUGUUGUGAGCUCAGGGUUUUACCAGAAUUAGUUUGGCACUUCUCUUUCUUCCGUUAAUACAAGUUCUACCAUUUUCGGCUGAAAUGUCAUUCGAGACAAUAAACUUCCCAAGCGCUUUCCUGCCUCUGUGCUCUUGAAAUCCCGCUGGCCUGAGGUUCGGUGCUCAGCGUGCCCCGCCUCCCAGGCGU